AUGCAAAAGCGUGCUGUCAAGAACACAUCACGACCUCUUGUUUUGGAGGUCCCGGGCGGCGCGAGGGAUCCAUUGGACAAAGGCCUCCAUCUUGCCGCGCUUCGUGAACUUCUAGAAGAAAGGGGUAUAUUGUUAUUAAAGGCUGUGCCUCUACAGAAGGGAUUCUUCUAUUUCUGGAAACAUGAGGACCGCAAGACCGGUCACUGGAUAUGGUUGAUCAAAUUUGUCUUUGCUCAUACCGUUUCCGAACGUGAUGCCUGGCUCUUCAAUGAGCGCGUCUGGAACAGCGAUCGGAACGAGCCAACCGGCCAGAUAUCAACACUUUUUGACCCAGAAGAGGUCAGCGAUACCUUUUCAGUUACUGCACUCGACUUGAAGGGCAUGAUCAUGUGGAAUCCAGAACAUCAAAAAGAAGCCAGCAACCCCAAGCUCCUUGUUGUUCAAAAGCAGACAUACAAUAUACUGGAGCAUUUGUUCUAUCUCCUGCCACACAUGGCUGAAUCCUACGACGACAAAAAUCGAAUUUGCUAUGCUAAAAGAUCACCCAUUUCGGGGGAGACCUAUCUAAGAAUGGAUGGACAGGCUGUAUCAAGAUCGCGUCUCCGGGCGGAGGGCCUGUUAGAUCUAGCCGAGGGCGCUAUGAAGAGGUACAGUUUGGCUGUCUUGGUCACAAUGAAAAGGAUAUCCUAG